GGGUUCACACUUAGUUUUUGUAUGUUGAGGGGAGCAGCCAGCAGAGUGUGUGUGUUUGCCUGAGUGUGUGUGUGAGAGAGAGAGAAAGAGAGAAAACGGGGCGAAACAUGGAUCCGAGUUCAGGCGUGAGUUGGAAACUAGUCCUGAUAGCGGAGUGAAGACGUAGCAGCAGCUCCUGAGUGGCCACGAACAGGAGAUUAUUAUGCCCAGCGCAAACGUGUCCGUGAGAAGUUUGUCUGAAGUCGAGAAAUACCUCAGCAGCCGGAUGGACCGGAGCACUGAGGGCAGUUUUCUGAACAUCCCUGCGUCAAUGCGUCGGGGCUCUUCAGAAAACAACCUGGAUCUGGACCUGAGCGAUGGAGGUCCCGGUUCUGCUCUCGGCGUCGAGGUCCAGCGUAGUCGCUCUUGCUUGGACAACCUCCAGCAGAAGAUACUGAAAGUCACAGAGCAGCUGAAGAUCGAGCAAACGGCCCGGGAUGAGAACGUAGCCGAGUAUCUGAAGCUGGUGAACAGUGCGGACAAGCAGCAAGUGGGGCGCAUCAAGCAGGUGUUUGAGAAGAAGAACCAGAAGUCGGCUCAAAACAUUGCCCAGAUGCAAAAGAAGCUGGAGCAGUACCAUCGAAAGAUCAAAGACAGUGAAUUCCAUCACAACCUGUCUCCUCACCCGCCCGCUGUCAAGCACAGCACCAUUCCCAGGGAGUCACCCAGAGAGCUGCUGAGGGACAUGACUGGCAGUGGCCGGCACCCGACCAUGGACAAGAUCAAAACCAUCGGCCCAGGCGUUUCUCUCUCUCCUCCUUUCUUCUUCAGCAAACCCAGAGAGUUCGCCAACCUCAUCAGGAACAAGUUUGGCAGCGCUGAUAACAUCGCCCACCUCAAGACCACUCUGGACACUUCCCCGCCAUUACCCACCGACAGCACUGGGAAGGGGCUGAGUAGCAGCACCUCUAUGGUGGGCAAGCCCAAGUAUCCUAGUGACGAUGAGUGCUCCUCAGGUAGCGCUUCUAUUUCUGCAGACAGUAACGGGAACCCAGCGGGAGGAGGAGCGUCUGCGGGGCAGGUUCAGGGUCCAAGCCCUGGCCAGGAGCAGCAGGCUGGGGGAGACAGCCAGAGCAGACUGGCCCUUAGGCUGGAGGAGGUGAGGGAGAUCAAAGAGGCCCAGAGUCAGCUGGAGGAGGAUAUAGAAGAGUUGAAGGCACAGUUCAAGAGAGACUACGGCAUUAUCAGUCAGACACUGCAGGAGGAGAGAUACAGGUACGAGCGUUUGGAGGACCAGCUGAACGACCUGACAGAACUUCACCAGCAUGAGAUGGUAAAUCUGAAGCAGGAACUGGCCAGCAUCGAGGAGAGGGUAACCUACCAGGCUCACGAAAGGGCCCGGGACAUACAGGAAGCCCUCGAGUCGUGUCAGACUCGUGUGUCCAAGCUGGAGCUCCAGCAACAGCAGCAGCAGCAGACGGUACAGCUCGAGACCCGUGAUGCCCGAGUCUUACUGGGAAAGAGCAUCAACAUCAUGCUGGCCAUCAUCACCGUCAUCCUGGUGUGUGUGUCCACUGCGGCCAAGUUUGCCGCCCCGCUGAUGAGGAGCCGGCAUCACGUGAUAGCCACCUUCCUGGGGCUUUGUUUCUUGACCAUAUUCUGGAAGAACUGGGACCGUUUACAGUACGCCAUCGACCGGCUGCUGGUGCCUGCCUAAUAGUGAAGAGAACACACUGAAAAUGCCAUUAACACGGAUGCUGUCAGUUGUCACGAUAGGACUGUCUAAGAGGAUUGGUUGUACAAUCGUCAGCAGACACGAUCGCCAUGCAUUUACAGAGGUCACUGUUUUUUUAAGGUCAGACUGAAAUGAAAUUUUGAUGAUUUUUUUUCUUGUCUAGAACUUGAAUGUGUGUAACUAACAAUUUCAUACAACCUCUAAAAUAAUAUUUAUAUAACAGUAAAUUUUGCUACUUCCCCAGGUAUUGCUAUGAAAUGGUCAAUUCAAGGAUUAAGAAGGCUUGAAGAAAAGUUCAUUUGCAGCCACCUGGGGUUCAGUGUUUCUGGAAAACAGUUCAUAGAUAACAUAAAAACUAGAAGAAAAAUCAUUCUUUCUUAUUUCCCAAACUAUAGAAUCUCUAAAUGCACACAGAAACAAGACCUCAAUCUUAGCUUUUCUUGACCAUAUAUAUGAAAUACUAAUUUCACCCCAAAAGGAAUAUUUGGGUGUUUGGGGAAAUGUGAUUUGCCGUUUUGUGGUGAAUAUGAAGCUGCUACCAGGUUAGCUUAGCAUAAAACGCUAAUGUAGCUAGGCAGAUUUACAUACUUUUGAAUGGAGCUUUGCUAGCAGCUCCCCUCUGUUUCCAUUUGUUUUUUUAUGCUAAGCUAACAGGCUGCUGUUGUUAUGGAAUAACUGGGCACAUUUUCCCAUUUGUUGAAAUAUUCCUCUUGAAGGAGAGUCUACAAACUAAAGCAGAGGUACUGGGCAUCCUAUUUUUAAUGUCUUUUCCUUUCUUUACUCGUUAUUGGCUUGUCUGCCCUGUGUGGUCAGUCAUCUCUUAAGUUGCUCUGUUAACUGUUCUUGUCGUUUAAAGUGCAAUAUAUUUGAUUUCUCGUAGUGCUGUUUUUUUUUAAAAAUGAUUCUUUUAGGAGUGAGUGUUUUACAUCAAUAUUUGAGAGAAGUGACAGUGUGUCGGUGCUGGAGGGCCGAGCUGAGGAAGUAUCAUUAAUGUUGGCAUGAGAGAUCCAUAACCACCGAAGCUACUGCUGCGCUCUGAUAAGACCAGCUGUCUCCUCUCUCAAGGGCCAAAAAUCAAUCCAACUGCAUUAGUAGUGUGGUAAUAGCAACGCAAGCCAGCUCCCCAGUAAAGGCACACAUGCACACACACAACAAAAAACAGUCACUUGCUUCUCUGUAUAUAAAUAUCUUCUGGGUUUUGCCCAGUUUUAUGUUGAUCUUUUACUAAUAAUGUGAUCGAGAGGCGAUGGGUUAUACUGUGAUACAAGGCCUUUAUCUGAGGAAAAAUGCAAUUCCCUUCUUUUAAAGGAGCAACAAACAGCCUUCAGCACUCCAUCACGACAGAAGUGCACAUUUAUAGGUUCUCAAUGAUAAACUACGAGCCUAUUUGAUUUUUUUUUUUUGAACCGACUAAUUUCUUGUUUGUCUUACGAACAUUGAUUACGAGGAUUUCACAUGAAGCAACGGACCACUUUUAAUGUUUGCCUGCCAUAAUAACAAUGUUUGUGAUAAUGUCUGUUUUACUGACUGUAUCAUGUUUUUUUGUUCUUGUUUUGGCAUAUUUGAGGAAGUUUUACAUGCAGAACUACAAUCUGGUUUACAUUCUCUUUUCAUCUCUGGUGCACUAUGUGAUCAAUCAGUUGUAUUUUCAUGCAUUACGUGCCUUUGUCUGACAGUUUCUGUUAAAUUAAACAAACCUUUUUAAUCAA